UAGACCACUUCCUAGUAGCAGAGAGUUGGCAAGAUGGCGACCGACCCUAACAAGACCGAAAUUCUCUCCAUCUUUAAAAGGCUGAGAUCAGUCGUCACGAAUAAGGUUUGUUUUGAUUGCUCUGCUAAAAACCCAAGCUGGGCCAGUAUUACAUAUGGCGUGUUCCUUUGCAUCGACUGCUCUGGCAUCCACCGCUCAUUAGGGGUCCACCUCAGCUUCAUAAGAUCCACUGAGCUGGACUCCAAUUGGAACUGGUUUCAACUACGUUGUAUGCAGGUUGGAGGAAACGCCAAUGCGACGGCAUUUUUUCGCCAACAUGGCUGCACCACAAAUGACACAAAUGCCAAGUACAACAGCCGUGCGGCACAGAUGUAUCGGGAGAAGAUCCGCCAGCAGGCAAAUGCUGCCCUCUCAAAAUACGGCAAUGAGAUGUGGAUUGAUGCUUCGGGAAACACACAAACCCCUGCUCCUGAGAAGAAGGAGUCUGAUUUCUUUGAAGAGCAUACUCAGCCUUCAAAUACCUGGGAAAUGGCCUCUCCCUCGUUGGCAGAACAGAAUGGCGCAGAUGCAGUCAGCCCUGUGUUGGAGCAAGAGUCUCCCAAGGAAACAGAAAGUCUAAGCCAGGGACCCAGCAUUGAAGGUCUGGCCACGGAAGUCAAAACUACUAUAGAUGACUCAAUGCGUUUGGCAGCUGAUGAGCCUCAGCGGUCCGGAGAUGUCAAACCAUCCCUCAUCGGAAAGAAGAAGCCCACCACAGCAAAGAAAGGGCUUGGCGCCAAGAAGGGCCUGGGAGCCCAGAAGGUGAGCAGCAAGAGCUUCACGGAGGUGGAAAAGCAGGCUCAGGUGGCGGAGAAGCAGAGAGAGGAGCAGGUCGCCGAGGCCAAGAAGCAGGCCGAAGAGUCCAUUGUGACAUCCAUGCGUUUGGCCUACAAGGAGUUGGAGAUUGACCGCAAAAAUGAAGAGAAGAAAAUACAAAACAUGGAGGGGAAGAAGAAGGAGCAGGCGGAAAGACUUGGCAUGGGCUUUGGCCAGAGAAGUGCUGUGUCCCAUUCUGUGAUGUCGGACAUGCAGGUGAUUGAACAAGAGACUCCAGUUGGAACAAAGUCCUCUUCACGCUCCAAGCUAGACAUGUUUGAUGAACCAGGAUUCACCUCUGGCCCUCCUAAAUACAAAGACAACCCUUUCACUGCGGGCGACACCUUCUCCUCGCGGUGGGACUCGGACAGUGGAUCGUCAUCUUUCACUUCCUCCUGGGCCCUAGAGAAGGAGGAGCCCAAAGAAAGCGAGGUCACCAUAUCCAGCAUUCAACCUAUUGGAGAGAGGUUGCCCAGUCGGCGAAAGCACGAUGUGGCUGCCCCGGUGGCAGAGUCCAACGAGGCUCGGGACAAGUUUGCCAACGCCAAAGCCAUCUCCUCAGACAUGUUCUUUGGACGGGAGGCCAGUGCUGAGUAUGAGGUGAAGACGCGUCUGGAAGGCAUGUCCAGCAGCACUGCCAUCAGUUCAGCUGAAUUGUUUGGUGAUGGGAGCAGUCGGCCUGCUGGAGCGGGUGCGUCUGGCUAUGACGGCGUGCUGCCCUCUGGACCGGAUAUUGCACAGUUCAAACAGGGUGUGAAGACGGUUGCUGGGAAGAUGGCCGUUCUGGCCAACGGUGUCAUGAACACCAUACAGGAUCGAUAUGGAGCCUACUGAGAGGGCUCCUUCCUCCCCCAGAGCUACAGAAGACCAUACUUCUGCUGAAAAGACCCAUACAAUGCUGACUGACAAAGGUCAUGUGUCCAUUCAGAGCAGACGUGGGAGCGAAAGACAUCAGUCACAGGCAUGGGAUGACUGUUUCCUCCCCGUCUGCCUAUCCUUACCUCUGUAGACAUCAACAAAGAUUCAGACAGUUUUUUUUUUCUUUUCUCUUGGAGACUUUUUUUCAGCAAGAAGCACUGUAAUGUGGGGUAUACCCAGAUACUUUUUGGUCUUUAUUUCAAACGUUUUCUUAUUUUUUCCCUUACAUUUUUUUAAAGUGUAUUCUGUAAGUAUAUAACUAAACCCCUGUUUAGCAACA